ACCCACUAUAAAGUUUCAACGCGCGACGCGUUAAAACGCGUUAAAAAGAACGCCCCCGAGGAGUUUAAUUAGCAGCGCGUGUGUGGAAUUGGCUCGCGCUUUCUCCUUGCUCUUGACUGUCUCUUUCUUUCUUUUCUUCGUGCUCGCUGGGUUAUUUCUGGUUCUACAGUGUUGGUGUUUUCAUAGUCGUGCUGCGGUGCUAUCUAUCUUACAGAAUCGCGUUUGUGAGAUUUGCUUUGAUUCACGCGUCCGAGUCUCCUACAAUAUCCUCGAUAUCCCCCCCUGCGCACAUCUCCACCCUCCACCACAACCUCCACCCCACCACAACCAUGCCUCGCGCAACAAGAUCAACCACAGCAACAACAGCCGCCAUCAAAAAUGAGCACCAGCAGCAGGAAAACCAACCCCCUCGGAAACGCGCACGGCAGCAGGCGCCGCCGGCGGCGUUUGUGGAGGAGUAUGCGCGCAAGCAGGCGCGGAAGGAUUUAACUGCUUUCUCAUUCAAACCGCACAAGCAGAUGGAUUUCUUCAGUACCGUCUCCGCAUCUCCUUCGAAAGCUGGAGCGCAGCUCGACAAGAUGAAGAAUGAGCGGCGGCUAUUUGAAGGGUUGGAUGAGGAUGAGGGCGGAGAGGGAUCGGAGCUCGAGAAGCAGGUUGAGCGGGUGAAGCUGAUUUUCGCGGCGUUGGAUACGGUGCUGUUUAUGGUGUAUUCUGGGGAUGUGGUUGGUGUGCAGACGUCGUUUUUGCAGGUUAAGGCUGAUGUCGAGCGGUCUUGUCGGAGAAACUUCUCGCUGCUGGAAUUGAGACAGAUUCUGGGCCUGUACAAAGACGCGUACGCGGUGACAAAGAAAUCCACAGGGCUGGACUAUAUUCUCAACUUCCCGUCCACAAUCACAAAGCGCGAACUCACGGCGCCCGACUUUCUCCGCUCGCGCAACAGGACAUUCAUCUCGCUCUGCGCCGCGUUUUUGCAAUCCGCAGAGAAAGACAAGACAAUCGUCGCGGUGCCGGCUGCGAAACUUCCAGAGUCGGCGUCGCCGUCGUCGGUGGUUAGGCAGCGGCAGCAGGUACUCAAGAAGGACGCGAGUCAGGUCCAGCUUCUACUCCGUGGCGAAUCCAAAUUCAUCCCGCUCCCACCGCCUUCAACACCCGGCACCACCGGCCCAACCUUGAUCAAAGACCGACAAAGCUCUCUCCUCGCCCGGAUCAAAGCCAAACAAGCCGACCGCGCGACCGCGCUCUCCCAACGCAGACUACUAACCCCCGCCGAACAACGCCGAUUCAACCUCCUAGGCAAAUCCUGCGCGCCCAACAGCGCGAUCGACGUCAUUCUCCACCUCGCGAGCCAGAGCACCGCGAAGCCGACACAUCUGCCGCUGCGGAAACUAGUCGAGAUGAUCCGCGACAGCGUGCGGGUGUCUGGCGCGUCGGUGGCCGGGCGCGGAGGGGUGUUGAGUGUGGAGGAGGCGACGGAGAUGGUGGAGGCGGUGGCGGA